GCACGUAUCUUGAAGCUGCCCCAAAUGCCUUCAGAUCCUGAUGAAGACGAAGAGGAGGAAGCGGCAGAUUCCGUCGGCGCACUACCCCCUGCGAUGGGACUCCCAUCUCUGAAGCCACCGCGCACGCGCACACAUAACGCGGACUUCGCUCCCAUCUCGGCUGCAGGUUACUUUGAGCAAGCGCUGCAGGUUGCAGUGCCGGAAUCUGGUCUAGACUUCAGAGUGUACUACACCGCACCAAGAGCUGUCGACGGAACAGUCAUGGUUUGCCACCACGGCGCAGGCUGGUCUGGACUCACGUUCGCAUGUUUCGCGAAGGAGAUCGCUACGGAGAGCAAGGGGGAAUGUGGGGUAUUGGCAUUUGACAUGAGAGGCCAUGGCAAGACCGCGCCUCAGACACCAACAUCUGCCGACAAGGAAGACCUUUCGAUCGAUACGCUCACGGCAGACUUCGUUAACCUCAUAACGAACGUCUUCAAAGAUAUUACUUCUACCCCUACGCUACUGCUAGUCGGUCACAGUCUCGGCGGUUCCGUGAUAACUCGUGCAUGCCCACUACUACAAGAGCGCAAGUAUAGAAUAGUAGGCGUUGCUGUGUUGGAUGUUGUUGAAGAAUUUACUCUGGAAGCCCUUCCAAUGAUGCACGAUCUACUCGACUCACGGCCAGAGGGGUUCAAUAGCCAAGAGGAUGCAAUUAGAUGGCACAUCUCGACUCAUGCUAUCCGCAAUCCCGACUCGGCACGUGUAUCUGUGCCUAGCAUCAUCAUCCAGAACCCGAACCCGGAGCCAGGCUCGUUGCUGUGGGUCUGGCGAGCUUCGCUAAGAGCGACAGCGCCAUAUUGGACCAGUUGGUUUACCGGACUCUCGAGCCGCUUCCUAUCUGCAAAGACGGCCCGUGUGUUGGUCUUGGCAGGAGCUGAAAGGCUUGAUAAGGAGUUAAUGAUAGGACAGAUGCAAGGGAAAUACCAGCUUGUCGUUGUAUCGAACGUGGGGCAUAUUCUGCACGAGGACGACCCGGAGCGCCUCGCGGAAGUGCUUGUCGAGUUCUGGCGAAGGAACGAGCGAACAACAGUCAACAUCAAAAACCUGAAGAAAGUUGGAGACCUGUGAAGAGUAUCUGGGAUUCUUUGUAGCAAUAUUAAUGGAAACAUAACACUGUAGUUUAGCUGACAAAUAAACCAUAAGUGAGG